AUGCUCGGCGUGACAGCGAGCGGCCAGGGCCGCUUCGCCGCCGUGGCCAUCGUACUUUGGUACAUUGUACAGGUAGGGCAGGCGCUGGUGCUUGCGCAGGAUGUCCCGCGCGAAGUGCCUGUUCGCCUCAUGGACGCUGCGUCCUCGUCCAUGCCUUCGUCGUGGCCAUCAGGGCCCGAUUCCUCGUCGACGCUGACAUGCAUAACGCCAGGCUCCGAUUUUCCUGUAUCCACCUUGCAGGAUGGAGACCAUGAUACCCACAGCAUAUCAUUACGCUCCGAUCCGCGGCGGAUGCUGCUGAGCGAUGAUUUACUCUUAUGCGAAGUGCCUAUGUCCUCUGUCGCUGGCGCACACGACGGCACACAACGUGUGUACGCCGUCCUCGGUACCGUCGUGGUUCCCCAGCACGGUGCACCUGUGAUGAUGCCAGUGAGCAGCCCACCGCCGCAUGUGCCUGCGCUUGAAGCACUCGAAGGUACCGAGGCCCAAGCAGCUACGCAUCCACCUCAGGAGCGCACGGGCGAUCCAUUACUGAGCUUUGACGAAUGGAAAGAGCAGCAUCUGGAGCACGCUCGAAAGAGUGCCAAGUCGAAAAAGGCCGUGAACAAGACGCGUGAUACGACCAAGGCGGAGACGGCCGAUGCCACGCCUUCCACGUCGACCACCACCCAGGCGGCGUCAAAGACGUUGACUCCGUUGCCAAACGAUCCUCGGCCUACUGCAGAAAAAGUAUUAGCGCAUGCCAUUGCUAUGGAGCCUGACCCGCCCAUUAUUGUCGCACUAGAGGAGCCAUCGAGUGAACUGCGUGAGCUGAAGCAUCGCUGGAACUACGCCUCGUUGGACUGUGCAGCAGUCCUGCACCAGGCCAAUCCUUCGGCAAAGUUUGCCUCAGCUAUUCUUAGCGAGAAGAAGGACAGGUACAUGCUCUCGCCAUGUCCCUCGCAGUCUGGCAAGGAGGGGCAUGUCGAAUCUCAGUUUGUGAUUGUCGAGCUGUGCCAACAAAUUCGCGUGGAUACCGUUGUGCUAGCAAACUUGGAGUUUUUCAGCAGCAUGUUCAAGCUGUUUUCCGUGCGUGUGGCACGAUCCCUCCAUGCGCCUGAGACAGAAUGGCAUUCGUUAGGCCUGUUCCAUGCACGCAAUAUUCGCGGGCCUCAAGUGUUCAAGCUGGAGCAUGCACCGCAAUCGUACUAUCGCUUUAUGCGCAUCGAUUUUCUCGAGCAUUAUGGCACAGAGUAUUAUUGUCCUGUUAGUCUCCUACGUGUGUAUGGCCGUAAUGAACGUGAGGACGCCGACGAAGAUAUCCUGAAUGAAAUGAAUGCUAUGGAAGACGACGAGGGUGAUGAGGAGGAAGAGUGUGUGGUGACGGAUGUGGAAUGCCCCCCUGACACGGAGGUCGUAUGGUCGCAGGAUCAAUGGAUGGAUCCAGCCUGUGCGUCUCCUCUCUUCUCGUCUCUUCUUUCGCCAGGGUGCGUAUGGGAUCGUCCGGGGCGUGGUAUAUCGCCCUUGCUGAUGCCCCCCAUGGCUGUUUGGCCCACCUUGUCUUCGUAUGACGAGCUAGUCGACGGGGAAGACUCGAUCCUCCUGGACAUGAUUGUUCCAACACCGGAGCUUGUGUCUAUGCCUACGUCGCUUCCUACCUCUAGAUCGUCAGCAACGACGGAACAUGUGACGUUACCUACCUCGGUGUCUCGCUUCUCUGACGUGGAUCCAGCGAUAACAUUGACCUCUACAUCCGUCACGACGGCUACCAAUACUACCAGGUCCACUCUCGGCGGAAUGAAGGUCAGCGAUAAUGACACUUUGGAUACGAAGAAGAAAGGCAUCACGAAAAAUGCUGACAAGACAAAGAGCAGCUAUAAAGCAUCGAACGAAACGAAAUCGUCUAGUGGCAGCAACAGCAGCAGUGGCAGCAGUAGCAAUGGCGGCGGCGAGUCCAUCUUCCGCACAAUUACCAAACGCCUCAGUGCGUUGGAAGCGAAUACCAGUCUGAGCAUGCAGUUCCUGCAGCUCAAUAGUGAGCUCCUGCGAGAUAAAAUUAAUCAAUUGGAAAGCACCCAGGAGCUGCGAUUGAAUGACUUGAUCAAAGCUCUCAAUACGACGCAAACGCGUCUCACGGAAGAUCGAAUGGCACAGCACAAUCUAGCACUGCAGCAUACCGUUGCCGCGCUGGAAGCACAGCGCCGACGUCAUGAUGCUGAGCGAGCGGUGUUACUCGCGCGGAUGGAACGCAUGUCGGCGGAAGUUCGAACAGAAAAGCGUUGGAGUAUGGCUCAAUUGUUCCUGUUACUGUUGAUGCUGCUCAUCACGGUGCUCACCCGCAGUUCCCUAGCGCCAGGCUUGUUGGGCUAUGAACGCGCGGCAUCCGAGGCACAACGUCAGUGGGCAGAUGGCAUGCCGCCGUCAUUCCUUCGGCCGCCCAUGUCGCCACCACGUAUGGCCUCACCGGAGCCUGUGACGCACUUGGAACUCGAAGCAGAUGAAUGGAGCGAAGUGCAGCCAACACGACCUGCUCUUGUGCCACGCGCUGAAAAUACCCCACCGGCGUAUACGCUGACCCCUCAGGCGAUCAAAUCGCUACAGCGCCAGCGACGACGACGCAGUGCCAUUAGUGCCGCCUCGCCAGUUGCCCGUGUCCGACGACGUGCCGUGGCACGUCAAGAUACCCUCCGCGAGCGGCCUAGCGUAGUAGUCGCCGCACAGUCCAGCUCAUUGGACGAGGACGAGGCAUUCCUGGAGGAGAGUGUGGUGUCUAUGUAG